AGCGAGUGAGAGCUAUCGAUGUCUUGUGUCGAGUGGGGGAGUUGAAUGUUGAGGGUAGAUUCUUCGCCGGUUAUUUUUGCGGAUUUCGUUCGGAGUCAACGGUGCAAUCCGACCGCCAUGAUCAGGUAGCAAAACGAACGCGUGGCUGUUGAGUCGCUCGACGUCGGUUCGAGGUCGCUCUCACAUUUCGACGGAAAGCUGUCAACGCUAGUCGUGCUCAGUGUAGGCGGCGGGUGACUGGCUGCUGUUAGUCAUCUCCGAGUCAUCGGUCUGUGCCUGGAGAUGGGUUCCGUCUCCGUAGUGCACUCUGGCUGGCUGCAGAAGAUGCCUCAUGCCACUCAUACGUUCUCCAAAUGCCGCCGGAGAUGGUUUGUUCUGCGAACGAAAGAAGACAAGUAUUUGCUAGAGUAUUUCAACGAACCAUCGUCGACGAAAGCCAAAGGAAGCAUUGAUCUCUCGCAGUGUAAGGGAAUCACACCGGAAGGAGAAACCCGGUCGAAGCAUUUCAGUUUCAUUUUGAAGACGAGUGAGAGACAAUACAAUCUCAGUACAGAUUCAUUCGAAGACUACAAGAUCUGGAUCGGUCGGAUAUGCGACGCUGGAGGUGUGCCCAAUCCUCUCCCUCAAGCGAAACGAACUCCGGCGCCUCUGAAGAUACCACCACAAGAGAGCGGCGGGUCUCUAAGCAGCGGACCCCGGACAGCGGACAGCAAAGAGACCUCUCCCUACAUCCCGAUUUCGGAAUGUCGGACUGGGACCAAAUGGAAUCCGGAUCGGACCUCACCGGAUCCGAAUAUGGAUGACAUGCGACGGAUGGAGAUGAACAAUAACCUCGCCGCGCGCCCUCCCGCACCGACCCGAGAAGUUCAUCAGCAGUUUAACUACGACGUACCGCGAGCCGAUGUUGGAGCUUACUCGGUUCCGAAGCCUUUGGAGUCGAGCACCUACAGUAUCCCGCGUUCGAUUUCGGUUGAUCAAACGUAUUCAACGCCAAAAGCACCAAUACCCGUAGAUAUUCUUGCGAAAUCACCUCCAGCGCCCUCGGGUGGCGUUGUGCCUGAAAUCCGAACGGAUCAUUAUCUGAUUCCGACCAACAACGGACUCGUGAGUCAACGACUAGAGACGUUAGGUGCGGAUGCUUUAGCGUACGAUCAAGUUCCGGCACCGGUCGGAGUCUUGGAUGCACCUCCUCGCCCACCGAAACCUCCCGGCUUGCGAUCCGACAGUAUCAUCGACGACGGCGCGUACGAUAUACCGGUGAGCCAGGACGGAAGCGCCGGCAGAAUCUACGGCAAUGCCAGAGAGGGAGCCUUCAUCGGAGACCCGGUAGAUCUGAUCAAUACGGUUCCUCCAGCCGUAAAUCGAACCUUGAAGCCGAGAAAACAAGCCUCAGAACCCAUCACCCCACCUCAUAGCACUGCGACGAAUCCGGUGCCGCGUCGCGCGAAUACCACAGGCACCACGCCGCCACCAGUGCCUACGCGGAAUAACGCGGCUCAACAUUUCUUCCCUCACGAUUUCCGGAAACCGUCAGGGGCGUCUGGAGAAUCCAGUUUACCGGAUGAAGACGGACCCGCGCUCCAAUAUCUGGACUUGGGAAACGGGGAGCCAUCCACGCCUUCCCCCAGAACACCUCAUUCGCAAUCUCAGCAAGUACCACCGAGCGCUGCCCAGCUCUCGCUGGCAUCAACCGAAUACAAAGAGGUUGAUUUUGUCAAGACGAAAGCGUUGAACGAGAUGAGACAAAGUCACAAGAAAAAUUACAGAGCUCAGCUCGAAGAGAGUCAUUAGAUAACCUGGCGUCUGACACAACAAUGUGGAGCAGAGCCAGGGAAAUUCAGCGGAGCUACAAAGUCACCGGGAAUCACCACACCAGUCAAGCCUAGAUCUGACCCAAACGAUUACGACGAUUGACACAAUGUUCGUUUUUAUAAUUGAUGAUGAUUCUGAGAAUCCAGAUUUUAAUAUCGCGGAGCGCCGGUGGCUAUCAAAAGCUUGAGAAAGCCUCGUUCGACUACCGCCUCGAAGAAUUGGGUGGGCUGAAAGAUCUGACAGAAGAAAUACAAUGCUCUGGAGAGAACCGAGCAUUUAGAGAGAGAGGGGGGGCUUGGAAACGAGUCGAGUGCAACUUGUGCCUUGAGGUCCCACGGAGUCGACCGGGACUAGAGCGAUCAUUCAUUGUGCAAAUCGCGAUGUCGACCUCAGUAUUCAGAUCAGUAUGAUGGAUAAUCACCGAUGGAUGAUAUCAGCAUCGUACUAUCAAAGAGCGCAAAUGACGAUGACACCCGCCAAUAAUUAUGGUGGAUAUAUGUCGCGUGGCAAAAGAAAUCGAACCUAGAUCGACAUCAAUCCCGCGGUAGAACGUAACUUCCCCGCAGGCCCUCUCUUUGUGCGAAUAUACCCGGGAAUGAUUUUGGAUGUAGGGUUCGAUUCGGAUCGAUCGAUGGACUGAUCGUUCGGAGGCCUCGCGAACUUUGGGAACCACCGACAUUUUUAAGAAACUCUCCCGCGGAAGCGUCUCGCUGACGAUGCCUCAGCCAAACAGGAAGCGGCCUCCCUGUUGUGAGAUCGAAAAAUAUCAAGGCGGACACGAGCCAUGUGUAUACUUAGCGCCAACGCAGGCGCAUUGUUUGUUGCCAAACUGUUCGAGGCUACCGAACCAAGCAUGUGUGUUUUCAUGUACUUCAAUCUAUGUUUUCCACCUUGACCACCGAGCUCUCUUGAACGUGCCGCGGCGGGGAGAGCUUUCUGAACAUUCUUAAAACCGCAGUUCGUCAGUGUAUAUUCAUGUAAGAAAGUCUCGAAAAUGAAAUAAUAUUGU